UGCUCGUAUAACCUCGCAUUCUUUCUCAUCGUCCGCUUCAAUUCCUGGAUAUACCCAGCUGAAAGGUAGUUGGAUGACAAUGGUUACUGACACACUGGAAGCGCGCUCGCGCGACGUGCAGGAGAGGACAUUUUGUAAAUGGCUAAACACCAAGCUAGAAUCCAACGGACACCCUCCCAUGACAUCGCUUGUCAAGGAUCUAUCCGAUGGCGUCCGGUUGAUCCAACUCAUGGAAAUUAUGGGCGACACGUCCUUGGGACGAUACAACAAGAACCCAAGGAUGCGUGUCCAGAAGGCUGAGAACGUGAACAAGGCUCUCGAGUUUAUUACAGCAAGAGGCGUCAAGCUAACCAACAUUGGGCCUGAAGACAUUAUUGACGGGAACCUGAAGCUCAUACUCGGAAUGAUCUGGACACUGAUCUUGAGGUUCACCAUCGCAGACAUCAGUGAAGAGGGCCUUUCUGCCAAGGAGGGCUUACUGCUUUGGUGUCAACGGAAGACUGCACAUUACAAAGAAGUCGAUGUACAGGACUUCUCGUUGAGCUGGUCCGAUGGGCUUGCACUAUGCGCCCUUAUACACUGUCAUCGCCCUGACCUGAUUGACUAUGACAAACUGGACAAGACUGAUAGGCAUGGCAAUACCCGCCUGGCCUUCCAAGUCGCUGCAGACUACUUGGGCAUCCCGCAACUGCUUGAAGUGGCGGAUCUAUGUGAUACUGCACAUCCUGAUGAACGCAGCGUCAUGACAUACAUCGCGAGUUACUUCCACGCAUUUUCUUCGAUGGACCAGGCGGAGACCGUAUCACGCAGAGUAGAGAAGUUUGCCGAACUGAUGCACUCGGUGUGGCUGAGCAGAAAUGACUAUGAACGGCGCGUCCGAGAGCUGUUGGCCGCGAUGGCAGAGAUACAAGCUCGUUGGUCUGCUGUCCAAUUUACUGGCACAUAUUCGGAUGCAAAAGCGCACUCGACCAGCUUCACUUCAUACAAACAGACUACCAAGCGGGCAUGGGUGACGGAGAAGCAAGAUGUCACGACCUUGUUUGGCAAUGUCCAAACCAAGCUACGAACGUACGGUCUGCGCGAGUACGUUCCACCGUCCGGACUUGCAAUUGCGGACGUCGAUGCGGCAUGGAACACUCUUCUGGUCUCGGAGGCCAAGCGAUCCCGCGCGAUUAAUGCAGAGAUCCGGCAGAUCAAGGAGUCGCUUCGGAAGAAGUUUGCAGAUCUCGCGAACGACUUUGAGAAACGUCUGCGAGUCAUUUCCUCCGAGCUAGCCGGGAUCGAGGGUGCGUUAGAGGUUCAACAGCAGCAAGUGAUGCAACUGCAGACACGGAUGCCGGCGUUGGUAGAUGCACUGCGUGCGGUGGCUAGUGCGGAGGAAGAGUGCCGCACAGCCAACGUUGAUGAGAACGAUUACACCGUCUUUACGUGUCAGGACCUGGAGUUCGAGCUUCAAUUGCUGGAGCAGGCGUUCUCAAAGAAGAUCGCGUUCGUUGACAACCAGAUUGUCUCGCGGAAUAUGACUAACCUCACGCCGGCACAGUUGGAGCAAUUUGAGAGCACGUUCCGAUACUUUGACAAGGAUGAAUCAAACACGCUCAAUGAGUCCGAGAUGGCCUCCGCUUUAGCCAGCCUCGGGAUUGUCUACUCGGACGAGGAUCUGGACAUCAUAUACGAACAACUACAAGAAGACUAUGGGGCGAUAACCUUUGAAGCGUUCAUCAACUUGUUGGUCGAAAUCACAGAAGACCAGACUUCACCCGAACAGCUACGGGAAGCCUUCCAAGGGAUCGCUGCCGACAAGCCUUUUGUGACCGAGCUUGACCUGCGCGUUGCACAGCUGCCUGCGAGUACGAUCGAGUAUCUACGGGGAGCCAUGCCCUCCAAGCAAAACGGGUCCGGAGAGUCGGAGUACGACUACGCGGCGUGGUUGGAUGCUGUGUUUGCAUAAAGCGUUGGCCGCAGUUCUCCGUCAUAUCAAUAAUGCUUCUGUCAUGGUAGUAAUGUCCUAAUACUAGCGCGCUGGUCGCUUAUGCUGCUGCGAG